AUGUUUCGCCUUUUGAUCGGAUUGAGUAUUCUGGGAUUGGGGCUGGCGGGCACCACUUUCCAAAGUGGUGGUCUACCCAUGCCCGAUGGCCGCAUUGUGGGUGGUACCGAAACGGACAUAACCCACUAUCCCCAUCAGAUAUCCAUGCGAUAUCGCGGCAACCACAGAUGUGGCGGAUCCAUCAUUGCCAGCAAUAUAAUUGUGAGUGCCGCCCAUUGUGUGAAUACCCUCAAAGGUGUUGAAGAUCUGUCCAUCAUUGCUGGCACCACCUCAACAAUCUGGCCAACUGGUCAAGAGUUGCGUGUACGUGAAUUCAUUAUGCACGAGAAAUACAGGAGCUUGAACAAUGACUAUGAUGUCACCAUCCUAAUUCUCGAUGGUGAUUUUGUAUUCAAUGAAUCUGUUCAACCGAUUGCUUUGGCUAAGGAGCGUCCGGAGCAUGAUACUGUCGUCACUGUAACUGGCUGGGGCACAACCAGCGAAGGUGGUGUCAUCUCAAACAAUCUGCAGGAGGUGGAAGUCAACGUUGUGGAGAAUGCCAAAUGCAAGAGCGCCUACUCCAUUACCCUAACCAGCCGCAUGUUGUGUGCUGGUGUUAACGGAGGUGGCAAGGAUGCGUGCCAGGGUGACUCCGGUGGUCCACUGAUCCUCAACAAUGAACUGCUAGGCAUUGUCUCGUGGGGCACGGGUUGUGCUCGUCCCAAAUAUCCGGGCGUAUAUGCCUCCGUUCCCGAAUUACACAGCUGGAUUGUGGCGACUCGCGAUGCCAACGCCAAAGUAGGCAGCAUUGAUUUUAGUAUCCUCGAUCCACGUCUUCAGGCUGGGGGCGUACGUAUAAACAGAGGGAUAGCCCGGCCGGCCACAGCCGCGACCCCACGAGACGAGGCCCACAAGUUGUUCGUCUACCGUCAGAGGACCGCCUGUAUCGCCCUGGCAGGCAUCGGUGCCACCUUGGGCUACAUCUCCGGCACAGAUCAUGCGCUCCGUCACCUCACCGGCACCAUAGAUGCCAUUGCACUGUUCCGAGCUAACGAUGGGCACACGUGCCUGCUCCAGUUUGGGGCUGGAGGGACCCCACUCCUCGCGAUAGCCCCAACCGAUGACGAUCGCCUCACGACCCUCCACCGUGAUGGGUGUAUAUUGCGGAUGAUGGACCCACCGCGAGGCUGGAUAGACGAAACCAUCGCUGCCAUUGCGUGUAUUGGCACCAGCAACCACAAUGAGUUUUGUAUCCUGCGUCAGAUCAACCAGACACUGGGCUGCCGUGACAAUGCCCCGGUCCGACUCCCGGGCGGUGCUCUCAACCCAGCUGUGGAAGUGGGCAACAUCGGCGUAGACACCGGGAUAACCGGUAGCGGCGCAGCCUUUACCCCAGGAGACGACACCAACAAGACGACCACCAGAAACCAGUGGGCCACCAGAAUCACCCUGGCAGGCAUCCUUGUGCACAGCAUAGGCACAGAUCAUGGUGUCCUUGAUCUGGGAGCCAUAUUUGUACUCCUUGGAGGCACACUCUUCGCGAUUAACGAUUCUCAGAUCGACAGCCAGCAGAUGGUCGGGAAUAGAGCCACCGGACUUGGUAGUGCCCCAGCCAGUGACGAUGGCCUCGGCAUCAUUAGCAGGAUUCUUCUCAGCAAUGUCAAUGGGGCGCACACUGGAGUCGAAACUGAUCGAGGAUUCCAGGCGAAUGAUGGCAAUAUCGUUGAUCAUGGUGCGCUUGUUGUAGCCCUCAUGAUUGCGGAAAGAUUUCACGGAGUGAACGCUACCGCCCUCGCGCCACCACCAACAAUGCGGCCAUCCAACUGGGGCAACAGGCCCUCGGGCACAGUACCGGCCAAGACGCAGGCAGCCAACGAAAUCAGAACCACAAACUUCAACAUGCUUCAAUCUUCUAAUUGCCCUACGCUCCCACGCAACCUUUUUAUAGCGAAACGCACUAGCACGCUCAUUUUCACAGAACCACAUUCUACACUGAGCAAUAUGUUCAAGUUCGUGAUCUUGUUGUCGGUUAUUGCCUGCGCCUUUGGAGCUGCCCUCCCUGAGGGUCUCCUCCCCCAGUUGGAUGGCCGCAUUGUUGGUGGCGUUGCCACUAGCAUCAGCAGCUUCCCCUGGCAGAUCUCCCUCCAGCGUAAUGGUGGCCACUCCUGCGGUGGUUCCGUCUACAACAACAGAAUCAUUGUGACUGCUGCUCAUUGCCUUCAAUCUGUGUCCACCUCCGUCCUGCAAGUGCGCGCCGGCUCCAGCUAUUGGAGCUCUGGUGGCGUCGUAAGCAAGGUUGCCUCUUUCAGGAACCAUCAGGGAUACAACCCCAGCACCAUGGUCAACGAUAUCGCUAUCAUCAAGUUGAGCUCAUCCCUCUCCUACAGCGGUAACAUCAAGGCUAUCGCUCUGGCCACCUCUGCUCCCGGUAAUGGCGCUGCUGCCUCCGUCUCUGGUUGGGGUACCCUGUCGUCAGGAUCCAGCUCUAUUCCCACUCAACUGCAGUACGUGAACGUGAACAUUGUCAGCCAGUCUACUUGCGCUUCCGGAUCUUACGGCUACGGUAGUCAGAUCAAGAGCACCAUGAUCUGCGCCCGCGCCGCCGGCAAGGAUUCGUGCCAGGGUGACUCUGGUGGCCCACUGGUUUCCGGUGGUCGGCUCGUCGGUGUUGUGUCUUGGGGCGCUGGCUGUGCCCUUGCCAGGUAUCCCGGUGUCUACGCCGAUGUCGCUGCCCUCCGCAGCUGGGUGGUGAACAACGCCAACUCCAUCUGCGUGAUCUUGUUGUCGGUUGUUGCCUGCGCCUUUGGAGCUGCGCUCCCUGAGGGUCUCCUCCCCCAGUUGGAUGGCCGCAUUGUUGGUGGCGUUGCCACUAGCAUCAGCAGCUUCCCCUGGCAGAUCUCCCUUCAGCGUAAUGGUGGCCACUCCUGCGGGGGUUCCAUCUACAAUUCCAAGUUCAUCGUGACAGCUGCUCAUUGCCUGCAAUCUGUGUCCGCCUCCGUCCUGCAAGUGCGCGCCGGCUCCAGCUACUGGAACUCUGGUGGUGUCGUCAGCAAGGUCGCCUCCUUCAAGAAUCACGAGGGAUACAAUGCCAACACAAAGGUCAACGAUAUCGCUAUCAUCAAGUUAAGCUCUACCCUGUCCUUCAGCGGUAACAUCAAGGCUAUCGAUCUGGCCACCUCUGCUCCAGCUAAUGGCGCUGCUGCCUCCGUCUCUGGUUGGGGUACCCAGUCUUCCGGAUCCAGCUCUAUUCCCAGUCAACUGCAGUACAUCAAUGUGAACAUUGUCAGCCAGUCUGCUUGCGCUUCCGGAUCUUACAGCUACGGUAGCAAGAUCAAGAGCACAAUGAUCUGCGCCCGCGCCGCCGGCAAGGAUUCGUGCCAGGGUGACUCUGGUGGCCCAUUGGUAUCCGGUGGUAGACUCGUCGGUGUUGUCUCAUGGGGCAAUGGCUGCGCUCUUGCCAACUAUCCCGGUGUCUAUGCCGAUGUUGCUGUCCUCCGCAGCUGGGUGGUGAACAACGCCAAUAUGUUCAAGUUCGUGAUCUUGUUGUCGGUUGUUGCCUGCGCCUUUGGAGCUGCGCUCCCUGAGGGUCUCCUCCCCCAGUUGGAUGGUCGCAUUGUUGGCGGCACUGCCACUAGCAUCAGCAGCUUCCCCUGGCAGAUCUCCCUUCAGCGUAAUGGUGGCCACUCCUGCGGUGGUUCCGUCUACAACAACAGAAUCAUUGUGACUGCUGCUCAUUGCCUGCAAUCUGUGUCCGCCUCCGUCUUGCAAGUGCGCGCCGGCUCCACCUACUGGAACUCUGGUGGUGUCGUCAGCAAGGUCACCUCCUUCAGGAACCACGGCGGAUACAACGCCAACACCAUGGUCAACGAUAUCGCUAUCAUCAAGUUGAGCUCAUCCCUCUCCUACAGCGGUAACAUCAAGGCUAUCGAUCUGGCCACCUCUGCUCCAGCUAAUGGCGCUGCUGCCUCCGUCUCCGGUUGGGGUACCCAGUCUUCCGGAUCCAGCUCUAUUCCUGCUCAACUGCAGUACGUCAAUGUGAACAUUGUCAGCCAGUCUGUUUGCGCUUCCGGAUCUUACAGCUACGGUAGUCAGAUCAAGAGCACCAUGAUCUGCGCCCGCGCCACCGGCAAGGAUGCGUGCCAGGGUGACUCUGGUGGCCCAUUGGUUUCCGGUGGUAGACUCGUUGGUGUUGUCUCAUGGGGCGUUGGCUGUGCUCUUGCCAACUAUCCCGGUGUCUACGCCGAUGUUGCUGUCCUCCGCAGCUGGGUUGUGGACAACGCCAACUCCAUCUAUAUGUUCAAGUUCGUGAUCUUGUUGUCGGUUGUUGCCUGCGCCUUUGGAGCUGCGCUCCCUGAGGGUCUCCUCCCCCAGUUGGAUGGCCGCAUUGUUGGUGGCGUUGCCACUAGCAUCAGUAGCUUCCCCUGGCAGAUCUCCCUCCAGCGUAAUGGUGGCCAUUCCUGCGGUGGUUCCGUCUACAACAACAGAAUCAUUGUGACUGCUGCUCAUUGCCUGCAAUCUGUGUCCGCCUCCGUCCUGCAAGUGCGCGCCGGCUCCAGCUACUGGAACUCUGGUGGUGUCGUCAGCAAGGUCACCUCCUUCAGGAACCACGCCGGAUACAACGCCAACACCAUGGUCAACGAUAUCGCUAUCAUCAAGUUGAGCUCAUCCCUCGCCUACAGCGGUAACAUCAAGGCUAUCGCUCUGGCCACCUCUGCUCCAGCUAAUGGCGCUGCUGCUUCCGUCUCUGGUUGGGGUACCCUGUCUUCCGGAUCCAGCUCCACUCCUGCUCAACUGCAGUACGUCAAUGUGAACAUUGUCAGCCAGUCUGCUUGCGCUUCCGGAUCUUACAGCUACGGUAGUCAGAUCAAGAGCACCAUGAUCUGCGCCCGCGCCGCCGGCAAGGAUUCGUGCCAGGGUGACUCUGGUGGCCCAUUGGUUUCCGGUGGUAGACUCGUUGGUGUUGUCUCAUGGGGCGUUGGCUGUGCUCUUGCCAACUAUCCCGGUGUUUACGCCGAUGUUGCUGUCCUUCGCAGCUGGGUGGUGGACAACGCCAACUCCAUCUAAGAACAUUUUUAAAUAAAACAAUGAUUUAACGACUAA